UGAAUUACUCGUAAGAGAAUUAGUGGCAAAAGAAAAACUAAGAACGUUAUGUAAAAGCAUAUUAAAUGAGAUAUUGGAAAAACAAUAAUCUUUCUUUAUAUAGUUGCCAUUCAAUUGAAUUGAAUAUUUCCUUUUAACUUGUACUCAAAACUAAAUAUAAUUUCUUAAUAUAAGAUAAUACUCUAUUGAUGAACAUCCCGCUCUCACUGUAGAGAUAUGCUGUCUCCAACGUCGUUUACUCUCUUCUGCGUUUUACUUCUCUGUCUUCCAGUUGCCUUCAUCUUCACCGUCCAACGAGAAAUCACCGCCGUAGUCUCGCCGGAGUUUGGCUUCCGCUCUCUCUCCUUCUUCUCUCUCUACCCGCGAAAUGCACACGACGCUUCUUCCCCGGUGGUUCGAUUCCGACAGCCGAUUCCCAAGGACGACGAACAGCUUCUCGCACUCGCUUCCCGGGUCAACCCGAACCAGCCUUCUCCCGGGUCGAUCCGGAAGCUGGCCUUUAUGUUCCUAACGACGGCGCCUCUUCCUUUCGCGCCAUUAUGGGAAACGUUCUUCAACGGAAGCAGCAGCAAGGAGCUAUACAACGUCUACGUUCACGCGGAUCCGACCCGAGAGUACGACCCGCCGUUCUCCGGCGUGUUCGAGAAUCGAGUCGUUCACUCGAAGCCCUCGGAACGGAACACACCGACUCUCGCCGCGGCGGCGCGUCGGCUAAUAGCUCACGCGCUUCUCGACGAUCCGCAGAACUACAUGUUCGCUCUCUUCUCUCCAUCUUGCGUGCCCAUUCGCUCUUUUGACUUCACCUACGAGACUCUGGUCACGUCUCGCCGGAGCUUCAUCGAGAUACUCAAAGACGAGCCGUUGCAGUUCGAAAGAUGGGCCGCCCGCGGGCCCCUCGCGAUGCUUCCUGAGGUGAGGUUCGAUGAUUUUCGGAUCGGGUCUCAGUUCUGGGUUCUGAAACGGAGGCACGCGCAUGUUGUGGCGCGUGAUCGGCGUAUCUGGGAGAAGUUUAACAUGACGUGUUUGUGGCAAGGCUCGUGCUUUCCCGAAGAAAAUUACUUUCCGACACUUCUUAACAUGAGGGACCCGCGCGGGUGUGUUCCCGCUACGCUCACUCACGUGGACUGGACCGUCAGCGACGGAGGCCACCCGAGGAUGUACGAGGCAGAGGAAGUGGUGCCUGAGCUGAUCUUGCGGCUGAGGAACACUAGACCGAGAUACGGUGACGAUGGAAUUAACGGUUCGGAUUGGUCAGUGGUUGAGCGGAGUGAUCCGUUUCUGUUCGCUAGGAAGUUUUCUCCCGAAGCUCUUGGGCCUUUGAUGGGUAUGGCUAGAACUGUGUUGUUCAAUGACUCGGCCGGUACUGCGUGAAUGCUGCUCUGUUGUCAUUGUUGUAAAUGUAGUAGUUUUAUAUUUGUUUAACAGAGUAGAAAAAAAUAAUAUUGUAAUUUAGUGGUAGCUGGGAAAAAACCUAGUCUAUCAUUGUACUUUCAAGGUGUGCGAGUCAAACUUCAGUCUCAUCCUCAUAAAUUUGCAACUGAAAUUAAGGAUCAGCAAAUCAAUUUACCUCACAAUCGCUCACCAGUGUGGUGGAAAGAAAAAUUGAGUAGAUACAUAUACAUUUGUCAGAGUUCCUCAAAAACUUGGGCUGAUCUUGAGUACAUGUCAAAUGAAGAUAAAGCAAUUCACAAAUUUUAAACUUGAGUUCAAGAAAUCUUUAGCUUUGUUGAGAGAAUCAAAUCUAGGAAAGAUGUAAUGGAUGAAUGCUCAAGCUUCAUGUUCUUCAUUAGAUUCUUCUUCUGUUGAGCA